CAUGAUGUCAUAGAUGGUGACCUUGCAGUACUAAAAUAUAGGUUGUUUAACACCACAGUUGAAGGAUCCACGAAAUGUGAAGUAGUUGAUGCGAAAUUAGACUUACAGAAGACGAAGUUAAACCUCGCAAUGUUUUGUCCACUUUUCCAUAUGUAUGGUUUAUAUGAGAUUUCUGGCAAAAUCUUGGUGAUGCCCAUUGAAGGAAAAGGAGACUUUAAAAUGGAAUGCAAGGAUUACUACAUUCAAGUUGAUUCAGACAUAAAGAUCAGUCAAGGCAAAAAUGGUAAGAAAUACAUAUCGUUCAAGUCUUAUAAAACAAAAGGUGAUCUACAAGGAGGAAUGAUUAUUGAAAUCAACAAUUUGUUCAAUGGAAGACAAAAGGAGUUAGCCGAUGACAUCAAUCGAUUUAUAAACAAGAAUUGGAAGCCGGUCGCGAAUGAACUUCAGGGGCCAGUAUUCAACGCUAACAUGAGGAUACUUGUCAAGAACUUUAACAAGUAUCUCAAGAGUAUUCCACUUGACGAACUUAUUCUAGGUGUUGAUUCAAAUUAA